UUGGCGCCAAACUUCCCGUGGCUGGAGGUGCUACUCAAAAAAGUAGCGCCAUCCCAGCCUGGAGAAAAAAGAAUUGAGGACCGUAUCGCAAAGGCAAGGGCCCUUAUCGGCAGACUGACAAGCUUCAAGUCGGGUAAUAAUAGACCGAGGAUUAUGCGCACCGUUAGGAUGGCGUUUGCUGGGACAAAUAUCAAUUUGUUCCAGCCGGAUAUCACGCAAAAACUAACGGAGCGCAUAGAUGACCUGAAGCAAAAAAUCGCUGCUUGGGGGAAGCGGAUUCGACGAUUUAGCGAGAGGUCAAGGCGGUUCAACCAGAAUCGUCUCUUCCAGAGUGAUCAGAAGAGGCUCUAUAAAACAUUGGAGCGACCAGAGGUAUGUGGAGCGGGCCCAGGACCGGAUCAGGCUGACACUGUCGCAUUUUGGCGUGGCCUGUGGUCAGAGCCCGUAAACCACAGCGAGGGCCCUUGGAUGGAAGUUGUGGCGAGCCAGAGUGCAAGUGUUACGCCUAUGGACCCCAUCACCAUAACGCCUGAAGACGUGGCUGAGGCGGUCCGUAGGGCCCCGAACUGGAAAAGUCCGGGGCUCGACGGGCUGCAUCAUUACUGGCUGAAGGUGUUCGUAGUGUGUCACGCUGUGCUCGCCCGACAGUUUCAAGAGGCUCUCGAUCAGAAGUCGCUCCCGAGCCUCUUCACUACUGGGAUCACUCAUUUGGUUCCUAAAGAUCAGGAUACCACAGACCCGAGCAAAUACCGCCCCAUCACAUCGAGAGUUGUGCGCACCGUUAGAAUGGCGUUUGCUGGGACAAAUAUUAGUUUGUGCCAGCCAGAUAUCACGCAGAAACUAACGGAGCGCAUAGAUGACCUGAAGCAAAAAAUCGCUGCUUGGGGGAAGCGGAUUCGACGAUUUAGCGAGAGGUCAAGGCGGUUCAACCAAAAUCGUCUCUUCCAGAGUGAUCAGAAGAGGCUCUAUAAAUCAUUGGAGCGACCAGAGGUAUGUGGAGCGGGCCUAGGACCGGAUCAGGCUGACACUGUCGCAUUUUGGCGUGGCCUGUGGUCAGAGCCCGUAAACCACAGCGAGGGCCCUUGGAUGGAAGUUGUGGCGAGCCAGAGUGCAAGUGUUACGCCUAUGGACCCCGUCACCAUAACGCCUGAAGACGUGGCUGAGGCGGUCCGUAGGGCCCCAAACUGGAAAAGUCCGGGGCUCGACGGGCUGCAUCAUUACUGGCUGAAGGGGUUCGUAGUGUGUCACGCUGUGCUCGCCCGACAGUAUCAAGAGGCUCUCGAUCAGAGGUCGCUCCCGAGCCUCUUCACUACUGGGAUCACUCACUUGGUUCCUAAAGAUCAGGAUACCACAGACCCGAGCAAAUACCGCCCCAUCACGUAUUUUGUUGGAUUUUUCAAGAUGGCUAAUCGCAGGUGGACUGGUAGUGAUGACCAAAUAAGCGCCUACAUAGCUUACUUAGAUGGAAAUGAGUCAGAAGAUGGUGCUGAAGAAGAUGAAAGCGAGGAAAAUGAUGAGGAGGUGCAAACUUGCAGAGAGCGAGCGGAUCUGCUAAGGAUUCUUGAAGAUGAACGAGAAGAAGAUGAAGAAAGUCCUACCCUGGAACAAGAAGGUCCAGGUCCUGAUCCCGCUGAAGAGGAUCCUUCUCUAUUGGAAGACCCACAAACUGAGCAGGAACCUGGUGUUCACAGUGUGCAAGCUCGGCGUCAAGAAAUGAGAAAAUUAUUGUGGAAAAAGCAGAGUAUGUGGACGUCUGAAGAUGAUGUGGCUUUUUUUGGGCAGUUUAGAUUAUGGUGA